AUGACUCUUGACAGGGGCAUGUCAGGGAGCCGAGCGCGCAGAAGCUUAGUGGCCAGUCGAGCCCGAUGUGCCACCUGGAAGCCACCAGACACUGGGACGGAGGAAGCGACAGCUUUGAGUGCGUAUUUGGACGAGAACAGGGAUCCGCCAGCAGCACUCAUCCUCACUGACGAUGUGCGCAAUAUCCAGGAAGACCUCGACCCACAGAGCUGUUCACAACCCCGUUGUGGGGCAAUGCCGCCGUGGUCGAGGCUCGACCAACGGUCGCCUGCGCCCGUGCCGGUGUCUCCAGUGCCUCCACAAACAGGAGAAGCUCCCAGGAAUCUGCAUCAUACUGCGCUGCAAACUCUGCCCAGUGCCACGGAUGUGAGCGAUGUUUGCGGUGAGGAGAGCAUGGAGCAGAAUCCGCAGCGCAUCCGCGAGGUGAUGAUGCAGGUGUUCGCGUGGAUGGAGGACGACCAUGCCGGCACUACUUGUGGUCGCAGCCGGAAGGUCGCUUAUAAGGAGGGCCUCAACACCUGGCAAAGGCUCUGCACGAAGGCAGUGCACCAAGUGCAUCCUGGACUGAGCAGCCAGCGGCGUCGUGGCAAUGCCGUACCCGGCGCAGCCCGGGAUGCAGUCUUCGCCGUCUUGAGGGAGCUGUUCCCAGAGCAUCGCUUCGAGCAGCGUGAAGUCCGGGUGGAGGUUGCCAGACCUUUGCAGACCGAUGCAGAGUUCAGGUUUCCGCGCCUAGAGGCUUCCAUAUGCGGCCGUGGCUCACCUCUGAGCCAGUGCUGUGAUACCACGGUCCUCACUUUCUUCGACGUCGUCUGUGGGGUCUGCGUCAUCUGCCUCAAGUCAACCUGCGCCGCUCCGGCUUUGCAGUUGAGCCCGCUCACCGAGUCUUCGCGCACGAAGAUCUGGGGAGCCUGGAUCUCGCUGAAUGGCGGAGUCUUGCCCAAGCACAGGCCGCCCCGCCCGGCCAGGACAAGGUUCUUCCCUGCACCACAGGAUGGCUGGAUCCCGCGCGCAUGGAAAAUGGCCUUGCUGGCCGAGGAGGCGAGCCAGCGCAAACUGCACGUGGAUGUGGAGCUCAGACAGCCGAACCUUACCCUGGAUUCUGAUAGGAGCUUCGAUGGCUCGGAGCCUUGCGAAGAUUCCGACGGACCUGUGGAGGCAAUCGACUUGGAAGCAAGCCAAGAAGUGCAAGGGGUCGAGGAAGCUGGCAAUACUGCGACAGGUAUGCCGUGCGGAGACGUGGCCGUAUUUGGCGCUUCGGAGCAGCGGUCCAUCUCGCGGUCCAUCUCUCCACAGCCUGCUUUGCACAGGCCCGAUUCCUGGCGUGCUCGGCCGGUUACCGACGGACAAGCCUCGCUGCUCAAAUCGAAGCUAGAGGAGCUCUAUCUGGAGCAGCGCUUUGGCCCUUUGCACUUGAGGGCUCAGGAAGUGCUCUAUGAGUGCAAGCAGAGGAAGCCAGACAGGGACGCGGUGCAGUCGGAGGAGUUGUUCCAUUUGACCAGUGAAGCUGAUGACCCCGCUGUGCUGGAUGCGCAAGCCGAGCGCAGGCCUGCGACGGCACGGAGCGCGAACACACCGACAAGGUCUUCGCCGGCCAUGUCUCGACCGUCGUCUUCUCGCCCGCGAUCUGCGGGACCAGGCACGCUGGCAGGACGAAGCUUGCAUAGCUUGCGGAGUGGGGAGAAUCCAGGCAAAGUUUUUGUUGAUGCGGGUGUCGUCACAAGGACGAUUUUCAGUUCACCCGGGCAGCAGCGACUUGGCCAGCGCUGGCGGGUGCUGCCGCCGAAACAUGUCAGGCCUCAUCACUGUGACCUUCCCUCUGUCCUGGUCAUGGCAAAGCCGGAGAGGAUUCGCUGA